AGAUGUUUCUGGACAGAAUCAAAAGGCCAAAGAAACAAUAAGACAAGAACAAGGUAUAGAUUUUUUGUUGCCAACUACAAGAACAAGAACAAGGUACAAAUUUUUUGAGGCCGAAGAAAUAAGAGGCCGAAGAUAUAUUAUUAAAUAAGUGGCUUGCAGCCGAACAUGUUGAUCUAUUUGCUGACUUGCUGCGCAAAAGAACUUUAAGGGAUCAGAGUUGUACCGACCUUACCUGUAUGUUUCGCCAAUGUAUGGGAUGCAUAUGACAUAUGGUAGCAAACUCUACGUGAAACAUAUCACCAAAGAAGCUGUUAAAGAUGUAAAAAUCAUUUUUUUUCCGAUCAUUCAUAAUCAGCAUUGGAUUUUGUUGGUUCUAGAUCUCAAGUUGAGGAAAUGGAGAAUAUACGACUCACUACCUAACCAGAUGCAUAAGGCUGGCGCUACGGAAGUUAUCAAUAUGUUUGCUAGAGAUGCCGCUGAUGUAUUUACAACCAAAAUCCAUAAAUGGUUUAUAUCGAUUACAAAACAUGUACCCUCACAAAGGAAUAGUUUUGAUUGCGGCAUGUUCGUCUGCAAGUACAUGGAAACAUUAGUGCAGAUCGAAAAAGUCGACUGGAGUGCGCAUAUGGAUUGACAGGAUAAAAUGAAACCAUUUAGAGCUGAAUUUGUAUAUGACAUUUGCAUAUUCUCGAGGACUUCAUAGUAAAUUUGUAUAUUUGUGUUUUGUAUAUUUGUAUAGGCCAUCUA